CAUUUUUAAAUUUUUUGAAAAACAAUAUUUUUUUGUGGAGGAUUACAAAUUUUGCCAGCGUGAAACUAAAUUUAUUUCGUUUUUAAAUUUUCAAAUUACAAAAAUUAAAAAGUUGUAUUCUUUAAUUUCGGACUUUAAUUAAAAUUCUUGUAUGGCAAUGAAUUCAAAACGUAGAUCCACCUCUAUCAUUAGAGAAAAGGCAUUCGUUGAAGAAUUCAUGCGCUCCGUGGACCUACCCGAUUGGUAUCGUGGCAUUUCGUCGUUUCAGCUGCAAGCUGCCAACAAUUUGUUGAAUGCAAUACGUGAUGAUCUCGAACAAGGCACCUCCCAUCGUGUGCGUGACGUUUUGGAUACGAUUGGACUGCGCCCAGCCAUAUCCAAGGCGAAAGCACGAUUUGUAAUGAAACUCAGUCGUGGAAAUGAUUUGGCAUUUUUGUGGUUCUUGAAAGACCUGUACUACACAACGGAAGGGCCCGGUUACAGUUUAAACGAGCAACUGAUUUUUUCAUGCAUUGCUCAUUUAGAUUUGAUUUUUACUAUACGCGGCCUGAAUGAUAUAUUGCCACCAGAACAGCCACCGAAAAAUACAAUAAAGCCAUACCGCACAAAAAUGCAUGAGAGCGCAGCCAAACUUAAGUUACUAAAACAUGUGAAUCGUAGACCCAAGUACAAAUCAGGUCGAAGAAGGAUUAGCACAGUGAAAAUAUUAUACCAUUUGCCAUAUCUUGACAAUCUGCGAAUGCCACGCCCUUAUGGAAAAUCGCUUACGUUGCAACCACCUGAUCAUGUAUUGCAUUUGGAAUUCAUUGAUGUCUACAAAGAUCCCAAUUACGUAAUACCGAAUGAAUCCAGUCGUUGGUUUUCCAAUUACAACCUUAACUAUGCGCGUCAAACAGCGAAUAGUAUCAUCAACGAAAAUUUGGAUACGAUUUUUAAAGAAGUUAUAGUUAAAAUACCUGAAAAAAUUUUCGAUGCGCAAAUAUUCAACCGUUUAAGAUUGUCGAAAAUACCUUCAAUGGCGAACAUUGCACUUAUUGAUGAGAUGGAGAGGAAUUUGGAGCAUGAACUGCGUGUGAUAGCACGUGAUAAAUGUCGAAAAUACUUUGAUGUGGAAACGCCCAAGAAAGAGAAACGCAUCUUACGCCUUCGCGAACAGAUCGAGAGAGACGUCAAUAUGCAUUUGAUGGAAUUUAAGAAAUUGGCAAAUAAAUCUCGGAGCCAACUGCUCGUAUCCAAGGAGAACUUACAUGAGUAUCCUAUGUCAGAUAGUUUAAGUUGUGACACAAAAAGUCACCUUUGUAGCGGUCAAGAUAACAAAUAUAAUAGAGAGCCACACACUCGUUAUUCGCUAAACGAGUGUGGGAUUGCGCGCAAACGAAAUAAUUGUAACGAUAAACGGAAACCGUUAAAUGCGAAGAGUGAGAAUAUUAUUCGUACACCAAAUCGGAGAGAAGCAAGUGAAAUGGAAAUUAUUGGCGAUUGCCUAACCAGCAACGCCUUUAGAAAACCUUCAAUGGAGGAUAUAUCACCGACGACCCAAUGCAGAUUUUGUCGUUGUCAAAAGACUUGUAAAUCGCAAGGUGAUUUACUGUGUGACAGUUCUUAUGACUACAUAAAAAACUACGACUAUGGGCACUCAAAAACGACCAAUGAUAAUGGGCCAUUUUUUAACGCACCCAAGAAGCAUCGUCCUUUUAAAUUUGAUUAUAAUAAAAUUUUCGAUCUAACACUAGCUGAUGAGCAAGCGCGCGAAAGCGUGAGGAGAGCAUGCGUGGGCGCUAUUAAAAGCGAAGAGAUGUUGGGUAUUAUAAACUCGGAGUCCAAAGAAAAUGUAGAUGCAGCAAUUAAAAAGUAUGCCUUUCAAACAUUUAAAAAUAAAUUAAAACACUUUAAAGAAAACUAUGGUGAUGCAGCAGAGGAUCUAGGGAAAGAGGAGAUGAAUACAAAAUUGAAAUAUUAUGAUCCAGAUGAUAAGGAAUUGAUGCAUCGAAUGUUACAGGAAGCCCUUGAGCGACUGACCAAAGAUUCUAGAUAUGUCUUACCCACAUUACCCGAUGCACAUAAAGUGCCAAUUUUACGCUAUUGGGUAUACCAACGCUAUGGCAAAGUCUACACCCAGCAUGAAUUGGCGCUCAUAUUCAACAAAUCGGCACAACUCUUCCGAGCAAUUAAUAAGAUGACUAUGAAUCAAAAUCUACCAGCAAUUAAAGAUCUGGGACGUGCGAUAUUUAUAAAGUAUAACUGUCAUGAUUAUCUUAUGAGAAAGUCCAAACACGUACGCAAUCUCUUUUAUAAAAGCAUCAAUAAUUCAAUUAUGGAGCAAUCACGUCGGCUUUAUAUUGCCAUGAGUCCGUACCUUUGCACUGGCCGAUCACAAAGCAAAACCAUAUUCGCUUAUUUACCGGCUCGUCCCAGUGACAUACAACAUAUUCACUUGUGGAAUUCUCGCAGUCCAAGAAGAAGAAUGCAUUCUACAUACAUCAUGUUUUCCGGCAUUGCGCUUAUGAAACCCGCAACCAAUGUGGAAAGGGAGAAGAUAGCACGCAAUAAGCGAAUCAUCGAGAAAUUCGUAAAGGCUGCAGAUGUACCGAAGUGGUAUCGUGGCUUGUCUCCGUUUCAGCUUGACGCGGCUUCCCAGCUACAUAAUGCAAUACGUGAUGAUUCUGGACAGGGUACAACACAUCGUGUGCAAUCUUUAUUAAACCGUAUUGGUAUACGGCCAACCUUACCUAAAACUGAAAUCCGUUUUGUAAUGUUUCUUAGUGGCGGUAAUGAUUUGGCGUUUUUGUGGUUCAUAAAUGAAUUAUAUUACAACACUGAGAGUGCAAAUUACAGUGUAAACGAACAAUUACUCUUAUCGAGUGUUGCACAUUUGGAUUUUUUGUUUACCCUUCGUGGCUUAGAUAGUAUUUUGCCGCCAGCGCAACCAACAAAGGCAGAACUUCGUCGCAUUGCGAUUGAAAAGCAAAAGAUAUCCAAAAAGAGAUUACAAAAUCAGAGUUCUUUUAGUGAAGAUAAGACGGUUAAUAGCAUGCGUGUCAGAUACAAACUACCCUACUUCGAAGAAUUGGUACGCCCUCGACUGUAUGAACACCAGUUGACCGCGUUUCCAUCUUCGUAUCAGACCAAAAAUCCACAUGAAGAUGUGCUUAAAGAUCCGAAUUAUGUGAUACCGAAUGAAAGCAACCGUUGGUUCGCCAAUUAUAAUCUUCACACCGGAGUGCGAACAGGAGUACAAAUAUUGAAUGAUAAAAUGGAUCAAAUGUUUAAAGAAAAUUAUCCAAGACAAUCCGAACUGACGAGAAAUGUUUUUAAUGAGCAUAUUUAUAAACGAAUUAGAAUGACCGAAGUAUUAAGUCACGAUUAUAGAGAUGAUGAAAUGCAAAAAAAUAUAUGCCAGCAUCAUAAAAAUCUAGCUGAAAUGGAGAAAAACUUCGAACACGAAUUGAGAGUUAGAGCACGUGAAAAAUGUUUAAAAUAUUUCGAUAUUGAGACACCUAAAAGGGAGGAGCGUAUUGCACGAAUCCGCAAACAGAUUGAAAAGGACGUCAAUCUGCACAUGGUGCAAUUCAAGAAACUAGCCGAUCGGACUCGCAGCCACUUAGAACUUUGGUCUCAAGAUGAAAUUCGUGAGUGUGUUAGGAAAUCAGAGGCUUGCUUGUGCGGUGGUGAAGACCCAAUAAAAACAAUAAAUGGUUCUGAAGAAUAUGUUGGUGCUUGUUUGAAGAAGUGUUCCGGUGAAGCUUGUGUGUGCAAAUUAAAUGCUGCCAUGCGUAAACGCCAGCAUUCGAGUACCAAUACGUCAAAAAUCGGACGGGUACGCGAUAUACUACAUCGCACAUCCUGUGACUGCGGUUAUAGCUAUGUGAGGAACUAUGAUUAUGGACAUCCGGAGCAGUCACAAGACGAAACCAAUGCAUACUUUAAGGGACCGGGGAAGCAUCAGCCUUAUAAGUUCAACUAUUCGAAAGUAUUUGAAUUUGAAAAGCAGGAUACCCGACUAAAUGUGCAGAAAGAAUUCUUAAAAAUUAUAAAUAGUGAUUUAAAUUUGAAUAAAAACGAUCUGGAAGCACCAAAAAAUUUGGACGAAGCUAUAAAACAGUAUGUGAAAAAAACGUUCAAGGAAGGUGUGGCGGCUAAAAAUGAAGAACUGGCGAAGCAGGAUACAGUUCAGUUACGGCGAUAUCCGUUCUUAAACGUUGAAUUAGAUUACUACGAUCCAGACGACGAAAAAUUAAUGCAAAGUAUGUUAAAAAAUGCUCUAGACUACCUGGCUAACGACCCCAAGUAUGUGUUAGCCUCUAUGCCGGAUGCGCACAAAUUGCGCUCACUGAUUUCUUGGGUACAGACGCGUUACGGUAAAGUAUACACCCGUGAGCAGUUGCGUAAGGAGCAUUUCGAUUCUUUGGCAACAAUUAAUGCGCUGGAGCAGAUGACCGUAGACGUUAUGGUGCCUACCAAAAAACCUCUUGGUGGGGCUACAUUUGUCAGUUACAAUUGUCGCGAUUACCUUUGGAAGAAGACUAAAAUGCUGCGUAAAAAAUAUUACGAUAGACUGAACGCUUCCAUUAUGGAUCAAUCGCGCACUUUCUACAUGGCAAUCAAGCCGAAUAUUUGCAGAAAUCCAAGGGACACCUUCUUCGCUUAUAUGCCUUCGCGCGAAGCAGAUAUACAACAAUUCCGUAUUUGGCGCCCACACGAAUACAUGCCCGCCAAGGAGGAGUUCGUUAAGCGAAAGUGCCGUGCCCUGAAAUUAGCCACUAACAUUUAGCAAGCGGCGCUGUCGAUGAGGUUAGGCUGUAGUGCAGUAAGCGUAAAGGAUGUGUCAAAGAGUUUAUAACUUUGUUUUUAAUUGUUGUCAACGGAUAAGAAAGGUUCCAUAUAAAUUAAUGAAUGCGGUUGGUUAUAGAAACUUUGCAAUAAGCGUUUUCAACAAAAUAUGAAUUCUUGUUAAAUUAAUUGCAGUAGAAAUUGAUUGCAGAGUUUUUUUAGUAAGACAUGAUUUAUAAAUUAUUUUCAAAA